AUGCUCACCGAGCACGACUGCCAACUCAUGGCUCAAGUCGCCACAAACACUCUGCUCAGGUACUCCCCCUCAAUUGUUUCAGUGACUUUUGUAACCGUUUCAGAAUCGUACUCUCCUUCACCACAAUCUGCUGUGUUCUUUGUCUGCCUUGUUGCCUGUACUCGCUGUGGCGCGUUCAGAAAUCCGUAAAACUGCACUUCAACAGCAAAUGCAUCUUCCUCACCCACAACUUCAGCAUGCUCAUUCACAUCAUUGUCCGCAUAGUCCUGCACGGAAAAGACCUCACCAACUAUUUCGGCUCCUGGGAAAGCGGUUGCGAAAUACUCCCGUCGCGGAGCCGUUGCGAGCUCAGAUUCGUCUAUAAACUGUCUCAAUAUGCCAUCGAAAUCAGUCCGUUCAUUCUGACGGCCGAGCGAUUCGUGGCCACAUUCCGCGCGCAUCGCUACGAGAAUCGUUGCAAAUGGUGCGGAAUCUGCCUGAUGUGCAUUCAUCUAACUCUCGCCAUUUCGAUGGUCACUCUUCGAAAUGCGGAGAAGACGGGCGAAGAGGUGAUCUACUAUUGUUGGGUAAGAAAACACCGGAAAUUAGGCCAUUCCGUAUUACUCUACUCAGCUCGCAUCAACCGGAAAUAGAUAUUUUCUGAACAUUCCCAUCUUUUUCAUUUUCUCGACUCAACUGGCGACUAUCCCCGGGCUUUUGUAUUUGCUGAAGAAAAACGAGGUAUCCGCACUGCUUACGGAAUGUUCGGUUAUCGUUUCCUAGAUGUUCUUGCAGCGUUACGGAGAGACGUCACUUCAUAAUUCGACGCUGACGGAGAGAUAUCAGCUAUUCGAGAACCUUCGCACUCUGAGCAAGUUCCGGAUAAUGAGCAUUGUCACUUGGAUUUAUGUGACUUACAAUGCCGCGAGCUCACUUGGCGUUAAUUACAUCCUUCCGGAUUUGGAACUCGGAAAUCAGUUCGCAAGUGUUGAAAGUAAGAAUGCAAAGGGCUUUAGUGAAAAACAAAUAGAAAGUUGCAGUAAUGCAUUGUGUGCCUCUUUACUUUCUCAUACUAACCUUUUUGAUCCUACGAGAAGACAAGCGACCACGCAGUCAGUUCGAGAUCAGAGUGAACAACUAUCAACCUCACUAUUUCGAUGAACUUCAAAAGUUUUUCGACGAAGCGUUCGAAAAGAUUAAUCUACGACGAAACACCAAAACGAGGCCGUUACAGAAGACGAGAUUCUAAUUCAGACUGUGAUUCGAAGUCCGAUUCUAAUUUUGUCGCUCCACAAAAAACGUGGAGGCAUUGGUACCUAAUAAAUAGUUAUGUGUAAGCAGAAAAGAAGGGCCGUCGGGCAAACAUGCAUCAAAAGAGCUUAAAAGUGUGCUCAUUCCGGGUCCCUCCAGCACCCCUCUUCCGCACGGAAUUAUUUGUUCUUCGUCGCCUCAAGAGCGUCUUCCCCACCCCUCAUUCGCACCCAUCCCAGUUCCCAUGCGGUUUUCCCUUUUGUCGUGCUCAUUAAUACUCUUAAUUCCGAAUUGUUCUGCCGCUUCUGAAACCAGCUUCAUUCACGAUAAUCAUACGAUCGGACUGGAAAAGGAGAACGGAGAUGUGUGCAUGAGUGUGUCGUUCGAGGUGAAAAUAUUGAAUCAACAGAACAAUAACACUGCUCCGAUUGAGGUGAGUUACUUUUUGAUGCCAAACACUCGACGAUGGGUUCAGUUCCAUUUGGCGUCCGGAAAGAUCAAAGGGAAAUGCGCGGAGGAUCGGAAAAGCGAAGCCACGAUAUCGUCGACAGUUGACGAGAGGGAUGGAAGACAGAAGACUCUCAAGUUUAUAUUUAGAACUGUACUUGUCCCUUUUCCCUUUCGACUUCUCUCACAAUCCAGUCUUUAGGACGAAAUGCGUGUGAAACGUGUUGACGAACUGAGAUGGCAGCUGCAGAAAGUGAUCUACGUCGAAAAGUUCGCAGGUUCCCACACUUUUCUUUCGGUUUUCAAUACUCUUUUGCAGGUAGCUCCGCGGUUUUCGAGUCGGACAACUCAUCCGUCAUUUUUUCGGCGCCGUUGACUCAGAAGUACGUGUGUGAGGACAGAAUCAAUGUGACUUUGCACAGCGAGAACUUUGAGUGAGUUUAUGAUGUCCGAACAUUCAUAUUGUUCAGUUGUUCAGCUUCCCAAUUCUGGUAAUGUUCUCUCCUGAAAUCGACGUUCAGCCAUACGGUCCAAAGAGCAAUUGUAAGUUUUACGGAAAAGUCUAGUGAAAAAUAAGUUGCUGAAAAGUGACUUCACAUCAUUCAGUGGUUUUCCGAGCAAGCUGAAAAUUGGCAGUGUCCUCGAUGGCGUAGCUGUUUGAAAACAUAUUUUCGUUCCAGUUUACCUCUGCGAACGUACCCGGAAACGAACGCUCUCCGACUCUCUCCAGCACCGCUCCACCGUCUUCUGCGGCGUCGUUCUCGCGCUCUCCUCGAUUGCUCACAUCGUCGGACACAUGCUUCGCCGCCAUUUCAUGCCCCAUCGCAAAGAGCUCUAUGAGAAUUUGGACAGAGUUCCCAUGAACAACUAG